GGUGAUCUGGCGCAGAGCGGAGGAGGUGCUUGGCGCUGGCUCUUGCUCCGCCCCGCUCCCUGCGGCCGCCCGGAGGUUGGCCCCGCUCUUGUGCCCUCCAGUAGAAUGUGGAUGACACCCAAGAGGAGCAAGAUGGAAGUCGAGGAGGCUCGGGGUUUUCGGCCCGAGUGGACCCAGCGUUUCUUGGUGGUAGAGCCUCCGGAGGGCGAAGGGGCCCUGUGCCUGGUCUGUGGCCACCUCGUCGUAUCCCUCUGCGAACGCGACGUCAGGCGCCACUACGAGGCCGAGCACCACUACUACGAGCGGUAUGUGGAGGAGGGCGAGCGCGCGGCCCUGGUGGAGCGUCUGCGUCAGGGCGACUUGCCCGAGAUCCCCCCGCUCACUCCCGAGGAGAGAGCUGCUCGUGCAGGCCUCGGGCUCGCCCGCCUCUUGGCCUUGAAGGGUUGCGGCUGGGGUGACGGGGACUUUGUAUACCAGUGCAUGGAGGUGAUGCUGAGAGAUGUGCUGCCGGAUCAUGUAAGCGCCAUCGGUGGCAUUGAUUUAUCUCCAGACAUCGUCCGGCAGAGGGUCCUGAACAUUAACGAGAACCUACGCAGUCAGCUUUUUAACCGAGCCAAGGACUUUAAAGCCUAUUCCCUUGCCUUGGAUGACCAGGCUUUUGUCGCCUAUGAGAACUACCUCCUGGUUUUUGUCCGCGGUGUGGACCAGGACUUGGAGGUGCAAGAAGAGCUUCUGACCAUAGUCAACCUGACUCAUCACUUCAGCGUCGGUGCCCUCAUGGCGGCAAUCCUUGAGGCCCUGCAAACAGCAGGGCUUAGCUUGCAGCGAAUGGUCGGAUUGACCACGACCCACACUCUGAGGAUGAUUGGUGAGAACUCAGGACUGGUGUCAUACAUGAGAGAAAAGGCUGUAAGCCCCAACUGUUGGAAUGUCAUUCAUUAUUCGGGAUUUCUUCACUUGGAACUGUUGAGCUCAUACGAUGUCGAUGUUAAUCAGGUCAUAAAUACCGUGUCCGAGUGGAUAGUUUUGAUUAAGACAAGAGGCGUUAGGCGACCUGAAUUUCAGGCUUUACUCACUGAAUCCGAAUCGGAGCACGGCGAAAGGGUUAAUGGACGAUGUCUGAACAACUGGCUUAGAAAAGGGAAAACUUUAAAAGUAAUAUUUGCCCUAAGGAAAGAGAUAGAAGCGUUCUUGGUUUCAGUAGGGGCAACAACCGUCCAUUUCACAGACAAACAAUGGCUUUGUGACUUUGGCUUCUUGGUGGAUAUUAUGAACCACCUUCGAGAUCUCAGUGAACUGUUGCGAAUCAAUAAAGUCUUUGCGGCUGCUGCCUUCGACCAUAUUUGUACCUUUGAAGUUAAGCUGAAUUUACUUCAGAGACAUAUUGAGGAAAAAAAUCUAACACACUUUGCUGCCCUCAGAGAAGUUGUUGAUGAGCUUAAACAGCAUGUUAAAGAAGAUGAAAAAAUACUCGAUCCUGAUCGAUAUCAAGUGGUGAUCUGUCGCCUACAAAAAGAAUUUGAGAGACAUUUCAAGGACCUCAAGUUCAUUAAAAAGGACUUAGAACUUUUUGCAAAUCCAUUUAACUUUAAACCUGAAUAUGCACCUAUUUCAGUAAGGGUGGAGCUCACAAAACUUCAGGCAAAUACUAACCUCUGGAAUGAAUACAGAAACAAAGACUUGGGACAGUUCUAUGCUGGAUUGCCUGCUGAAUCUUACCCGAUUAUCAAAGGGGUUGCCUGUAAAGUGGCAUCCUUGUUUGAUAGCAGCGAAAUCUGCGACAAGGCGUUUUCAUAUUUGACUCGAAACCAACACAUUUUGAGCCAGCCAUUGACAGAUGAGCAUCUCCACGCGCUGUUUAGGAUUGCCACAACUGAAAUAGAGCCACACUGGGAUGCUCUUGUGAGAGGAAGAAACCAAUUGAAUCCAUAAGCCUUUGUAGUACAGCAUUGAGACAGGAAUCCACUUCUAAAAGCAAACAUGUCUGAUUUUUCAAGUUUACUAAUUUGGAUCAUGGGAAAGCACCAAGUUCGUUCAUCCCAAUUAAUCAAGAUUCAAAUUCUUCUGACUGUUUUUUUUUUCCAACUCAAGAGACAGCAUGCAACUGAAACAUGCGAACACCUGUUUUAGAACUUAAUGACAAAGUCAUUGUCUUUUGAUUUUAUGGUAUAAUUGUUUUUAAAGAGGUUUAGUGCUGAUAAUCUGAGUUGAAUUAGAAGUAUUUCGAAGAAAUUUUUGCUUUUAUUUUAACAAAGUGUUAAAAUUCUGAUGCACAGAGUCUGAAAUUAUUGUAUCAACUUCUUAAAUGUAUGCUUAAGCCAAUUUGCAGAAACUCUCAUAGCAAUUCAAGAGUUUCUGAAAAGGAAGAGCGUACAUUCAGUGGAAGUAUUUUGUCAAGCUAUCAAAGUGUUUUAAAACUUUUUUUUUUCAACAUUUCUGAGUCUGAGGUAAAGAUUAAGAUUGCCUCCCUCUCGCCUCCUCCUUCCCCACCCCAGCGAUAAUGAUUAUUACUAAUAGAGGAAGUAAUCAAAUAAAAUUUUAGAAGCAAGAUUAUUUUUAAAUUGCUGGUUAGAAAACUUCCUGCAAUUUGGAGAUCAGAGUAACCAAAUAUUGGUUUGCCCCGAAUUUUUCACAAUUGGGUGCUGUUUUACCAGCUUGCCUAUUAAAGGACUAUGGUAAGUAUAGACUCUUAAUGAUUGCCCAUUAGUAAUUCUUUUUUCUAUUGUAGACAGAAGUUUGGCCUUGUCGAUGAGGAUGAGGAAAAAAGAUUUUUCCACACAAGGAUCAGGAGGUGUGAGAUAUUUUAGCUUAUUUGUCCUAUGUGCGUGGGUGUAUAACUUGCUUUAUAAAGAAACCCUGCUCAAAGGGAACCUUUUAUUUUAUAGUGAUAUAUUAUCAGAUUUUGUUAGCUGCUGGAAAUGAAUUUAUUAUAGAAUUUGAAACUGUGUCCCCCGCCCCCUCCCCAUUCUGUAUUUAAGACUGCACAGGUAGAAAUAUUUAACACUCUAGAAGGAGCUUUAUUCACAGGUUGUAGCAAUUUCAUAUUUCUUGUGAACCAUCAUCUGCUUUGUGCUAAAACAGUAAUUUUCAAACUUAACGUUAACCAUGAAAAGGGAAUCUUACAGUAAAGCCAAAUACGCAAAAUGAUUUAAAAACAGGACCCAACUUUAGAUCCUCUUAAGUACAAUCUGAAAACUUGUGCUAGAGUCCUGUCUUAACUAUUGUAACACGUUAUUCUGUGGUCAGUAAUCCAGCAAAUUCAAGGAACCAGGAUACAACCAAGAAUUUAGAAGGAGCUGAUACCUGAGCAAUGAAAAUAGAUGUCAUGAGAGCCCAAGCACAAAAAUUGUGUUAGUGGUUCUCAACCAGAGGCAGUAACCCCUUUUUCCAGAGGCUGUUAGGAAACAGGGGACUUUGGUUGUCACAUUUACUGGGGCGGGGGAGGGGGGGUUCUGCUGGCAUUUAAGUGCAUAGGACAGCCUGGCACAAUGAGGAAUUAUCCCUCUCAAAGUGCCAGUAGACCCCCAGUGUGUAUUAUUUUAUUUUGAGGGACAAAGAAAAUUACCGGUAGAAACAAAAUUAGAAGUUCAGGUUGGGCAAACUGACAAUGCUUGAUAGAGGGAGACUAAUUCCAACAUUCUAAGUUUGGCUGGUAAGGUGCAGUAAAGGUCUUGAUAGGUUCUGGUACCUCACAGUAGCAUUUAUAAGUCAGUAAUUGAUAUUGAACCAGGUUAAAGGCUCUGUUCUGUUGUGGGUAAUGAGUUGAAGGCAGAAGAGCAAGUGUUAAAUAUUAAGAUACUUAUCAAGAACGGUCAAGGUGAGAUUUUGGUUAUUAGGGAGUAGGCUUAAAUGUUUGGAAAAACACAGUGAAAAACCAACCAAAUGAAACUACCGGUAAUUUCCCAGUGGUUUGGAGUAUUCUCUGUCAUGCAAGUGCUUUGUUGAAAGAACAAUUGCAGACCUGAAAGCUGCUCUGCUUUCCAACCCCUGUUCCCUCCAAGUAUUGAAGUAUUGUGAAGUUCUAGUAUAUAUUUUGCUUAAGUAAUAAUGAAAUUAGUUUGCAUCAUAUACUAACUGAGGGAGGGGGUUGGGGGUGGGAAUAUAAGCCAAGGAUUUUAAAUUCAUCUCGAAUAAUAGAGAAUUUACUAUAAACUAGUCUUGUUUGUAAAAAAAGAAAAAAGUGUGUAUUUUACUGUUUUCUGUAUUAAGUAAUUCUGUAACUGCAUGGGAGUCUUGUUUUUUAAAUAUUUUUUAUAAAAUAGUUGUUACUGGUCCUGUUGUAUCAGUGAAUAUAGUUAAAAUAAGUACUAUUUUUAAAAAGCUCUUUAUCUCCCUGUAUCUCCCAUUCCUACUGGUUUUCUUGAAAGAUGUGUAUGUAUUUGCAGUCUCCUGUAUUACCACUCAAACUGCUCUCCCCGGCUCACAAAGUCCUUGUCAAUAUUUUUACCCUGUGAUACCACUGACCACUUUCCUUGAAAUACUUGUUUGCUUUGGCUUCAGGGAGAUAACAUCUCCAUGUAUGCUUGCUUAGUCUUCUUUGCAGGUACCUCUUUCCCUUAAAUAUCUGUGUUUUGGGGAUUUUUAAACUUUUGAGACUAUCUUCUUCACAUCAUCUCUUAGCUUUUCAUCUGCCAUGGCUUCAGUUACCACCUGUAUGCAAAUGACUCCCAAAUUCGUAUCUCCUUUCUAUACCUAUGCUAAUUCAUAUAUCUAAUUGCUAUCUUUGCUGUCUCAGGCACCACAGCAUGUCGUUGGUGUUGCCCUCAAACCUGCUUCUCCUCUCAUCUUCCCUCUUUUAGUAAAUGGCAAUACCACUACCAACCAUUCACUUGCCCUUGCCCAAGCCAAAAACUGACUUAUCCAUGACUUCUCCCUCUUCAUCCAUCACAUCUACUCACAAAAUCCUUUCUGUUAAGUCUACUGUCUAAAUUUUUCUCAACUCCCCAGUGCUACUAUUCUUAUUCAGGCCAUCAACCUACCUAAGUGAUAGCAACAACCUCCUGAUUAGUUUCUCUUUCUCUGAUUUUGUUCCCUUUCCACCCUACAGCCAGAUUGUUCCAAAAGACAUAUCUGGUCAUGUCACUCCACUGCUAUCACUAUAUUCUUAGGAUAACACACAAUUUCUAUUCAUCUUUCGGGUCUCACUUUAUAUACCACUUCCUCUGGGAAGCCUUCACUGAUGCCCUCUAGACUAGGCGCCCCUACCACACACUCCCUAAAUACCCUGUUCUUGCCCAACCAUACACUUAACACACUUUAAUGUUACUUCUCAUUAAUCACUGCUAGACUGUAAGCUUUGUGAGGGCAGGGACCAUAUUAUUAUGCCUUGCUCACUGUUCUAUCUCUAGUGCUUAGCACGAUGCCUGGCAUUUCAAUAAAUGUUUGGAUGAAUAAAUGUUUGUGUAGUGUUUUAUACUCUUUGAAGCCCUUUCACAGUCUUAUUUCCCUUCACAGUGGUCCUGCCUUAGAGUGCUCGCUGGGUAAUUGUUAUCCACAUAUUACAAAUUAAGGAAUGAAACUAAGUUCUUUGUGACUAGGCAUCUCACUGUGUUCCCAGAAUUGAGCUCAGUGCUUGUACUAAGUAGUAAAGCCAAGAUUCAAACCCAGGUAUACUCACAUAAAUCCACUAUGUAAUAUUAAGUCUUUAUCACUUUGAUAUAAAGGCUUAAUUUUUUAAUUGCCAAAGUCAGACAUCCAAAAGAACUUGGAUGAAAAAGAUAAGAACAACUGUUUAGUGGACUAAAACAAUAAUUAAUUAGAAAGUUACAUUCAGUAUCAGAAAAAGAUAGUGCUGCUUAAGAGUUAAUAUCCAUUUUCCUCUUGUCAGCAUCAACUGUAGGAGAAUAUGGCAUACUCAUACUAUUUACAGAUGGUUUCUGAUCUUCUGGGAUUUAAAAACUGUCCUCAUCUUCUUCCCAAGGAAGAGGACCCAAAAGUGACAUCUGGUCAACACGUACUUCCUUGAUUUGCUGUAUUUCUUUGGUUUCUUGUUUGCAAGCCUCUCUGAACUUAAUUUCUGGGUAACUGGAACCUUCAGACUUCAUGGGAGAGCCACGCCUUUAGUCUCUCUCACUGAGCCAUUUUGUCCAAUUGAAGGGAUUCACCAGCAUUAUACUCUUAGUUGGAUUUGAGUCUGAAGCACAUUAACUCAGAGAUCUUAACAGGUGUGAUUGUCAUCCAGUGAUUCCAUCCUUGCUGCAACACUGGAUUUUAAUCAAACUGGAUUAAAGCAUUUCUCAUGUUUAUCUUUUUGUAAUUGAGAAGUAGCCUUAUCCUACUCAAUGGGUAAUGGAAUUCGUGAACUCUGUUCUCUAGCAUUUCUGGUUGCAAAUUGAUGAAUUCUUUUCUGAGUUCAUCUCUCUCCUGUGCAUUUUGUCAAAUACAACCCAUGGCAACCAUAAAAUAUUUUUUUCUUUUUUAGUAAAGGGUACAUUUUCUGCUUUCCAGCUUCUCUCAAGGGACAGUUCUCACCCAUCUGUAACUUGAAUUGCCCCUCCGUAAGUUAUUUCUUCCAUCUUCCAAUAGCAGUGUCCUGAAUGCCUGCCAACCAAGCCAAUGUUCAGUAUUUUAGGCUUUUUGAAAACUGAAUCAGUUUCUGUAUCAGGAUAGGUUAGGUUGCCAUACAGUAAUAACCCCAAAAUCUCAAUGUCUCACACAACUUUUCUCUCCCUUGGGCAGGGACUUUGCUGUAGGUCAGGGGUCAGUCAGGCAAAUCUGCUUGUUUCUGUAAAUAAAGUUUUAAUGGAAGACAGCCUUGCCCAUUUACUUGUGUAUUGUCUGACUGCUUUUCUCUAUAAUCACAGACUUGAGUAGUUGUGACACAGUAUAUGGCCCACAAAGUCUAAAAUAUUUACCGUGUGACCCUUUACAGAAAACAUUAACUGAUCCCUGCUCUGAGUUGUCCUCAUUCUGGGACUCAGGCUGACCAAGGGGGUACCAUAUAGGGUGAGGCUGCUCAUUUUGGGAAAUGAAGAGUGUGGCACAUCACUCACAGGCUCUUAAAGCCCUUUCAUUGGCUAAAGUCACUCGCAUGGCCACACUGAAGUCUAAGGGGCGUAAUCCUUCCACAUGCCUCAGAGGAAAACCAGAAACACUCUGAAGACAAAACCACUGAUUAACACAUGGUUAUGGCUCUCAAUUUAGAGAAUUUCUUUCAAAAUAUUUCUUUUUUAUUGAGAUAAAACUUAUAUUCAAUAAAAUGUUCAAAUAUUAAGUGUAUAUCUCUGGAUUUAUGUGUAUACCCUUGAACCCAUCACCCAGAUCAAGAUACUGAGCAUCUAGCAUCCCAGUAGGUACCCUGUGUCCCUCCCACACAGUUAAUCACUAUUCUGAACUUGAUCACCAUGGAUUACUUUUGUCUGUUUUAAAACCUAAUGUAAUAAUUAUAUGGACUCUUGUGUCUUUUGUUCAACACUGUGUUGCAUGUAGCAGCAGUUCAUUUUUUACUUCUGUGUAGUAUUCCUUUGUAUGACUUUAUCACAAUUUAUGAAUCCAUUCUAGUAUUGGUAGAAAUUUUGAUUGUUUCCAGUUGUGGUUAUGAAUAAAGUUGUUAUGGACAUUUUUG